AUGAAUACCCUCUCUCGCCUCCCGCGACACGCUUCGCCGCAGUCGACGCAGAAAUGGAGCUGCUUCUUCUGCCAGCACGCCGUUCGUCCUGCGCCGCGCAUCAACAUCCGAGCGCCUGCCAUCCGCCGAGCGGCCUCGACGACACCACCCAAGCAGACGGGUCCCAGCUUCGGCGGCGCGCCGUCAAUGGAGCAGGUGCACGCGCAUUAUAGAAAAAAGAAUGCGUCAACAGCAUACUACGUUCUCAGCGUCAUUCUCGGGACGGUGGCCCUGUCGUACGGCUCUGUGCCUCUCUACAAGAUGAUUUGUCAAACAACAGGCUGGGGCGGCCAGCCCGUCCGCGCCCACGGCCCCGAUGUCGACUAUAGCGGGGACGGCCUCGCCUCGCGCCUGGUGCCCGUGACCUCGGCCCAGCGCAUCCGCGUCACCUUCAACUCCUCCGUCUCGGACGUGCUGCCCUGGAAGUUCACCCCGCAGCAGCGCGAGGUACGCGUGCUCCCCGGCGAGACGGCGCUGGCCUUCUACACGGCCACCAACAACUCGGACACGGACAUCAUCGGCGUCGCCACCUACAGCGUGACCCCGGGCCAGGUGGCGCCGUACUUCAGCAAGAUCCAGUGCUUCUGCUUCGAGGAGCAGCGGCUGAACGCGGGCGAGACGGUCGACAUGCCUGUCUUCUUCUACCUAGAUCCGGACAUGGUGAACGACGUCAACAUGAAGGGUAUCGAAACCGUGACGUUGAAUUACACGUUCUUUAAGGCCAAGUACGACGACAAUGGCAAGUUCAAAGCGCCUUCGCCUAUGGCCUAA